AGUGACAGUGGUGCCAUCAUUUUAACAUAAAAGGGCGUCCACGCGCGAACGCGGGAUGAUGUGAAGGGUGCACGACCUGAGCUGGGCGGGUAAACUCUUCAGCAGGGUGCUUCAGGGUUGGCCUACAGAGUGGUUGAUCUACUGCGGUAAGGAUUCCUCGGCAUUGGAAUACCAAACAUUUUCUACGUGUUUUGUGUGGCAUCUAGUGUUAUGGAAGGAAAUGGAAAAGAAGAAUGUUGCAUCUGGAAUGGAAUUGAAGACAUCGGUGAAAAGCAAGUUGACGUAAAAUUCGUGACUGGUUCCGUAGAGUCGAAUGACACUUCACGUCCGACGUCCGACAUUUUCGAAGACAGUUCGUUCCGUCUGUAUGAGAUGCCCGUAAGCGUAGAAACUGCUGCAAAAAGAAUGAGCUUUAGUGAAAUUGAUCGUGUGGAAGAAUUGACGAAUCAGAUGCGGAACCAUUAUGUGGAAAGUAAUGUGAAAGACACUGCCGAGAUUGUGAUGAAAGAUGUGGCGGGCAGAGAGAAACUUGAUCAGGCUUGCCCAAGUCCCACUACUAGUAACGGUAACGUUACUCGAACCAUUGAGUCCAAUCAUAUUGAAAUAAUUUCUGUUCGAAAUGAAGAUAACAUAACCUUGAAGAAAGACUGCGGGAACGGUGAACCUGUUUAUGAUUCAGUAAAUCCCAAAAUUGAAUGUACGUCUCCCUUACUGAAAACUAAUAAUCAUUUUAUCAUUACUGGUUCAUCCAACCACACGAAGAAGAUUCAGGAUAACAUCAUCGAGAUUGCUGCGCAAGAAAUAAACGACAACUUAAAUUUUCAAUUAAGUGUCGUUCCGGGCGAAUUUGAGGAAACUUGUAAAUUCUGCACGAAACGUACUACCGAAAUAAAUUCUGAACCUGGUAGUGUUUCUACCAAAGAUUUGAAUUUUGAGGUGAAGCAGAAUGCUGGUACUCAAGAACCCUCAUGUAGUAUUUGUAUUUUAAAGUCAAACAACAAAAGAAAAAAUUGCCAUGGCUCAAAAAGAGAAACAGAUUUUUUACGACCAGCAUCCAGAAUUUCAGAUAAAUCUAAUAAUUCAAAUAUAUCUGGUAAUUCUGAUACCAAAAAAAAGAGUAAAAAAGAAUUUACUUUAGAGACAGACCCAGGUAUACUUUCUCGGAGGCAAAAGCAAAUUGAAUAUGGGAAGAAUACCACAGGAUAUCAAAGGUAUAAGAAAAUGGUUCCCAGGGAUCAGAGAACAAAACAAGAUCCACAAACACCUCCCAAAUGUUCCAAAUAUAGUCGAAGAGCAUGGGAUGGGCUUAUCAAAUCAUGGAGACGAAAGCUACACGAUUGGGAUCCUCACAAAACUGGAGAAUCAGAUGAUGAAAUUCUUUCAGUUGUUUCAACAUCAUCAUUUCCUACAAUCUCGGAUGAUUCUGAAAAUUUGUAUGAGACUGUAAGUGAUUUAGCGGAAGAAGAACAGACCUUUGCUGUUGAAAGAGGGAGUAAUGGUAUAUCAAUUAAUAAGGAUGCUGAUUCACUUCAAACCAAAGAAACAUAAAUGGCACUAAUUUUAAAAAUAGUAUUAAGAUUAUUCUGUGCAUGAUAUGGGACAUCAUGUUUAGAGGAAUAGAUGAUCCUUAUGAUCAUUGGUGAUAAUUAUUAUCAUCAUCAUUAAUCUUUGAUGUUUGUGAUACUUUCAUUUGGGGCGGGGGGGGGGGGAUUAAGUUAAGAAAAUAGAAUGGUUGGAAAGUUCAAAAGAAACUUUUCUUAUAAAAUAUACUUAACUUUGUAUGUCGCAUUAGUUCAUUAAGUUUUGCAUCAAGAUUUUUUUUUUAAUAUACCGUUACGGUUUGUGCGUUUCGAACUCUUUUCAUUUAAUAUAAAUUGUAUAAAUUAGUUUUGAAAGUAGACCUUCAUGUAAGGAGAGAGAGUAAAGUAAGACAUGCAAAAAUAGUAAUACCUUUAUAUUUCCUGAAAUAAGUGUAGUUUCGAAUGUUGUAGAAACUAAACGUUAAAAAAAAAAGCAAUUUUCAGAAUAACUUGUGUGAUCCAAUCAGUUAAAAUAUUAUUUUACUGAAAUUUAGAAAACUACACUGGAAAAAGGAAGUAUAGUAUUUUAGGACUGCUUUUCUUACAGUGGAAAAUUCUGCAUUAUUCACAAAACUGCAACAGACAUGUGGAUAUGUGAAAACCUUCAACAUGCAUACUGCUAUCAUAACUGCUAUCAAUCUGUAAAAUAAUCAGCAUUGUUAAGUAAAGAAAGUCUUUAUUUGAUUGGAGCACUCACUUGCCAGAGCAUCCUAAUAGAUUAAUUUUGUGUACUGCAGGUCAGAAGUUUUAUUGAAACGUUUUAAUUGUGAAACUUUAAAACGUUAAUUAAACCAAAUAAAAGGAAAGAAAUUGCUGCUGUUAUUUGAUUUUCACAAAUGUAUAUUUUUUAAAUUGUAUGGUGAACAUUUUUAAUGUAUGGAAUUCAUUUUGAAAAUAUAUGCAGUUCUUAAUUAA